AGUUACAAUUAAUAUUUCAUAGUUUUAAAUGUUAAUAAUUAGAAUUGAUUAUAGUUUAGAAUGUUAGAAUUGAUUUUAGUUUUAGAAUGUUAGAAUUGUUUAUAGUUUUAAUGUUGCAUAGUUGAUUUAUAGUUUUAAAAUUAUUGAUUAUAGUUUCUUUGUUGCACAGUCAGUCCGUAGUUUCAUUGUCUCUACGUAGGUACAGAUAUAUAGUCAUAUAGCUAUAUAGUUUUAUAGGGAUCUAUAUAUAAAUAGUUUGAUAAGUAAUAACUCAUUGUGCUCAUUCAGACUGCGUUUUACCAACCCUAUUAGAAUGGAUAGUUUUCUAACACCUUUUCCUUUCUUUGAUUUGCAUUAAUCAUCAAUCGAUUGAUCAACUUCUAUACAGUGCACGAGAUUUUUAAAACAAUAGGAUUUUUAGGGAUUUUUGUUGGAUUCUUCUCAAAAACAAUCGUGCAUGUUACAGCUCCUUCUGUGAUUCUGUUUCUUUUUAUGGAAUCCUUCCCUAUUCUACACCGCCGGAGAACCUUUAUCUGAUAAGGGUUUAUCCUUCCAAUUUAAACCAAAACAAAGGGGGGGCCAUUUUAUUAUUUCCUGCAAUUAUACCGUUUUACCUUAUAUGUUACCUCUCCAAAUAUUACCUAUAAAUGGUGUUUUCUUUACAUUUAUCUAUCAAGUUCCAUCUGGGUAGAGGAGGAUACAACGAAGAAUCAAUAUGAGCCACUUUGCUAAAGUCGUUUAUUGCAAUAAAACCAAGGUAUGAUUGUUAUGAUUAUAAACGAAUGGUUACAAAUAUAAUGUAUUGAGCAAUACUUAUUUUUCCACUGCUUUCAAAAUGCAAAAAUUAGCACAGCCUUUCCACUAAGGGAAAACUAUUUGAGUCAUUAAGAGAAAGCUACUUGAGUACAUGGGAAUAUUUCAAGAAAUCUGGAGUUAAUUAAUCUGUUGGACUUUAAUUAGAUAACUUGCCCAUUAGAAUGCCCGCUACGCAAGCUGUCUCCAUUUCCCUAUGACUAUCAGCCACACAAAUAGAAAAGUGAUUAUUACUUAAAUAAAUUACCCACGACCUCAAAUAACCAUACAAUAAAGCCCCAUAGCUAGCCCACCCUGACCCCAGACAAUAGUAACAUUAGCCUUGGAAAGACAAGAUCUAUCUUAGCCUCCAUCUCAAAAAAUCAGAUUGACCCUGCAUGGGACAUGUGAUUUCAUAGAAGAACGAAUAACUACCACACCUAUCUCUGAUCAGCACCAAAGCGAGGUUGUGACGCACGCAUUAUAGCAGCAGCGUUACAACCAUACAGUGGUUACCACAAAAGAUAAACAGAAGACUAGCUUCCAGUAAAGCCUGCUACAUGGGCCCCCUGCCUAAUGGAUAAUAGUAACAUUAGCCUAGGAAAGACAAGAUUAGCCCCCUACAACCAGAAAGAUUAGCCUUCAAAAGACAAGAGAUGUUUCAACCUCGAUUUGAAAAUAAUUAGCUCUGUACAUAUCACGUGAUAAAACAUCACAGCAAAAUAAACAAUUAAAAUACUUGCGCCUUGUGGCAAUGAUGCAAUUAUGUAUUUAUUAAAGAAUUAAACUAGGAACUAACCAGCAAGGAAGAAUGGUGUAAUUCAAACAGUAGACGCGACAAAGAAAUAAAAUUUGACACAGCAAAUCAAUGGAGCCGAAAAACAAUGACCUUUAGUAGAAUGCAAGAGUCUAACUCGAUUCUUACUGAGGAGGCUGCCGAAGGGCAGCGAAUAUUCUAGAGAAAAAUUUGUUUGAUCAGGUAUGUGUUUUCUAAUUAUGGUUUAUAAAUGUACACAGUUAUAAUUUGUCAUACAACACACGGAAUCUCUUAAAAUACUUGACCCAGAAAGCCAGUGAAGGAAAAUAAUCUGGUUUUCAUCCCAGUGAUUCAAUAAUUAAUGAGCUUAUCUCGAUAAUACACACAUUAAUUGAUUGUGAUGUUGUUAGAUACCAGCAUUUUAUACAAAAUGCUUCAUUUUCUAGCAAUAGUCUCACAAGAAGUAAUAAUGAUAAAACAUAGUAUGACACUGGAUAGUAACAAGAAGAUAUUCUGAAUUGUCUUGAAGUUUCUUUUCAAUAAUUUCUUAGGAAAAGCAUUUGCCUUUCAACUCUCUUGAAAAAUUGUGCAUGAGAGUCAUGUAUUUGGGUCCAUGUUGCAAAUUCAUGCAGAGUGCCUAAAUGGGCAUGAAACAAAGUGGAUGUCUCAACCGCUUCAUAAUCAGAUGGCUCUUGGUAAUUUGUUUCUUGCUGCUUCAUGUCUCUUUUCGGGAUCCCAGUGUUCCAAGCUGCUCUGUUUUUUCCACCACCUAAACAUGCCAUCAAUUGCAAUCCGCACAUACAGUGACAUACAACGUGCCUACUUGAUACCAACAGUAAAUGCAGUAUGGGCAAAGUGUCGUCAGGAACUGUUUGUGGCUAGGAAAAACAUGCAACUUGUACUCGGAGGGGAUGCAAGGAUGGACUCUCCAGGACACUCCGCAAAAUAUGGGUCCUAUUCUCUAAUGGACCUUGGCACCAACAAGGUCAUUGAUUUGCAAUUAGUUCAGAGUAAUGAAGUUGGUGGUGCAAAUCACAUGGAACUUGAGGGUCUAAAACCAUGUUUACAGCUGUUAGAUAGUGAGCAUUUGUUGUACACUACUUUGGUCACAGAUCGUCAUGGACCAGUCAGAAAAUUUAUGCGAACAGAAAGAAAAGAAACAAAGCAUCUCUUUGAUGUGUUCCAUGUUGCAAAAUCAAUUGGGAAAAAAGUUGAAGCGAUAGGCAAGAAAAAAGGGAAUCGUAUGCUUCUUCAAUGGGUCCAAAGUAUAAAAAACCAUGUCUACUGGUGUGCUGCUUCAUCUUGUGGUAAUGCAACCUUAAUAAAGGAAAAGUGGCUUUCUCUUUUCAA